AUCGCUCCAGAAACCAGCAUCUCCCAGGCCUUGGUGCAGCUGGCGGCGCUUAAUGAACUUCUGUGUUUCUCUGUGGCUUUUGGCAAGAGUUCAGAUCUUUGGCAGCUUUAAGUCAACACCGGUUCCACUUGAACAGUUCUUGUCCUUUCAGUCUGCAUUCAGAGGUUCAGAACACACUGGAUGUGUUCAGAGACAAGUUGGCACGCCAUCAAAUCCAGCAGCUCCACGCCAGGUACAGAAGAGGACCCGGUCCAUGCCAGAGAGCCUCCUCGCAUGUGGCUCGUUCAGAUGUGACGGACAUCCUUUGCUCGGAGGCAACAUCAUGAGGGAAAUGCCUUGCUUCUGCCUGCUUCUGUCUUUCUUAUGGGAACAGAUGGUAAAGGCUUAUAAAUAUAUGAGCGGUAUUUUCUUGGUGACUCAUCCGUCAAACCAGCCAGCCUCAGAUCGUUCCGGGCAGCCGACCAAGAUGGAUGUAAGUUUGCUUGAGGAGCAGUACGGCUCUCUCAAACAGAAGCGAAGGCUGCAGACGCACAUUAUUGUGUUUAAAACAGGAGAGCAUGAGACAGUUCCUGAAGGGUCUCUGGUCAGCACCGUUUUAGUCAACAAAAAGAUGAAGAAAGCCAAAGCGUUGAAAGAACAUAUGCCCAUCAGGGAGGUCAGCCUCGGGUUGCCAUGCACUGGCAACGUACAAGAGAGUUCACCUUGGCAUAUCCAUCUGGGGCUCCACCGUCUUGUAGAAGGAGAGCGCCGGAAAGUUCCGUGGGAGGUUGUUCCAAACAAGGACGAACAGAUUUGCACUAACAGCGAAACCCCAUCGCAAGAGGAAAGCAUGGCCUCGACAGAAGAAUUAUUAACAGGAAGUGAACAAUCCAUUGAGCUGAUCAGUAGUCAGGGAAAUUCAAGCCCUGCCGGAAAGACGGAGAGUUCCAUUCCAGCCGAGUGCACAGAUCUUCCUUUGACGUCAAUCACUUCACCGCUGUGGACAGAAAUCUCAGCCACCAAGCUGGGUCCAGCAGCAUCCAGUAAGCUAACCUACUACCCUUUCCCUCAGAAGAAGACUCCCAGGAUUUCUGAGGCCGCCAGGAGACUUGGAUUGUAUGUUUCACACUAAGAAGCUUUUCAAACAGGGAAAGAGAAAA